AUUCGAAUUCGGAAAGAUCAAAAGAUUCUUCAAAGGACGUUAUAAGGCGAUUGCCUCUCUAGAGGCUUGGAUGGCAAUUUAACUCAUCAGAAUAAAAACAGACUCUAGAGUUUGAUUAAAAUCAAGAUCAAAAUCCAUGGAUGGAAGCAAUUCGAAAAAGAGAGACCUUAAAGAAGUCGAAAAAUAUAGCAGAGGCAAGAAUAAUGACGAAAGUGAAGAAAUGAGGCUCUCAAAGGUUCUAAAAAUGACAAAAAAGACAAAAAAAUCAAGAAAACCAAGCACUCCCAGAAAAAUUCACAAAAUCCUUGACCUUAACGACUCCUUCUCCAACCUCAGCUUCGAAGCUGACGCCAUUAAAAACCCUCACACACGGUCCACGGCCCAAAACCCUCCUCCAAACCCCCCUUACCACUACCCAGCCAGCACAAAUCCCCCACCCAGCACCCGCCCACCGUCCUUCCUCCUCCCUCCGUUCACCUACCUCAGGCCAGCCCCUCUCAUCCAGCACUGGGGCUACAGCCAACUUCCAAAUUUGCCCAGUCACCACCCCCAAAAUUUCACGAACAAAAAUCCAAAUUUCCUUCUGUCCCAAGCCCAGGCUGGCCUCUACCUCCAAGCUAGGCAGCCAGAGGCUGCCUGCUUUACAGUACAGGACCAGGCGAGGCUAGAAGGAUUAGUGGCAUUUGUAAGGGCGAAUUAUUGUUCGUGCAGAAUUGAUACUUAAUUUUU